AUGAACAAAAUUUUUUACGUUGGAAUGUGUUUUUGGUACCUAGCCCUUGGAACAGAAUACGGAAUCAUUGUACCUACGUUAAAUGCGUAUAUAACAUCGAUUGGAGCCCCAGAGGCAUACAUGGGCUACUGUGUUGGACUGUAUUAUCUUGCCUCGCUAGCCGUUUCGAUUGUUUUUGGAAGAUUUGUUGAUAGAACUCAAUCGUUAAAAUGGACGUAUGCUAUUGCAAUUAGUUGUGGCUUACUAGGCUACUAUAUUUUCACAUUUUACAGAACGAUUGGCUGGAUUAUUUUCGCCCGCAUUAUUUCAGGCGUCAACAAUGGCGCAUAUGGAGCAAUAAUAGGCAGAGUAGCGCUCGAUGCGGGGGAAAAUGGCGGCGUUUUGAUCGGUUUCUGUCUUCUCCAACGCGAAGCCGGACUCAUUCUCGGCUCCAUGGUUAGCGGUUUUUGGAUCUCUUCAUGGGAUGACUUCAUUUUCUUCGGUCAUCAAGUUGAUGAGCUGAAUAGAUAUGGCUUCUUCAUUUUCAUUGUCUGGAUCGUUGCAGGAAUAACUGGCCUUGUCGCUCUUCGAAAUGAACCUUCCUUUGACCAAAAAGCUGAAAUCAUGGAAGAAAAAAUCGACGAAAAGAAUGAUGAAAAGAAAGAUGAAAAAAUCGAAUUCAUACAAGUCGGCAGCCUUCCCUUCCUUGCCGAACCAAUCAUCAUUUGCCUCAUGAGUUCUUUCUCAAUUUAUUUCUAUCAGUCGAUGCUGGAAGGAACUGUGGGCACGAUUUUUCGAGAUUAUCUUGGGCUCAAUCAGGGUCAAAUCAUCAUCAUUUUCACCGUCGUUGGAUUCACUGCUCUUUUGAGCUACGUUAUCUCCGUGGUUUUUUCUUACAAAUUUCAUUUAAAAUAUGCGCUUGCUUUCAGUCAAUCGCUGAAUCUGGGGACGUCGAGUUUAUUCGCGCUUAUGUUUUUCUUUGGAAAUUUUAGAGAUUGGUUUGUAGGUCCAGGACUGGCAAUUGGUGGAUUUUUCGUUAUCUUCAGCAUUCCCCCAACUAUCAUUGCAUCCGCCACGAUCAUUUCCGAUUUCUCGACUUCAGAAAACAAGUCUACUUACCAAGGAAUGCGAUGCUUCGUUGAAAACAUGAGUGCAAUAUUCGGCCCUCUCUGGGGAGCGAACAUGAUUCGGCUGCGAAGCUGGGUUUAUGCUCCUAUCUUUGUUUUUCAAAUUUCGACUUUGUACAUGACUUUCUCCAGCUGGAAAAGACUUGAUGCGCGGAAAUUCAAACAUAAUGCGAAAUUGAACGGGAAACCAGAAAAGCUUCAGUUGCUAUAA